UGGAACUAUACGUGUCCCAAAGUGGGAUGGCAAUCGCCACGUCGUCCUUGCCGUCGUCCUCACCAUCACUCAACUUCAACUUCAAUUACAUCUUUCUCGACCAGUCAGACAUCGAGUAAGUCACUCAUAGCGAUGCCAGUGAAUCCAGUACUGCGCCGGAGGGCAAGGGCUCUCGCUACUUCAAUCAAUUCCCACCGUAUUCUCCUAUAUGGCACGCUUUCUACUGUCGCGGUAUGUGCCGCCAUCGCCAAUGCCCUGAAGAACUACAGCAACUUCUACUCCGUCGCGAUAUAUCUCUCCAAAAGCAGCCGUAGUGUUCUUGUUUUCGCCAACUUUGCUUUCAUUAUCGCCUUAAUGUGCGGUCAUGUACUUCAGAGGAUAUUCUUUGGCAGUUUAAGGCCGAAUGAAGUAGAACGUCUGUAUGACCGUCUUUGGUUCUUCGUGACGGAAUCGUUGCUGGCGUUCACCAUUUUUCGCGAUGAAUUCGACGCUCCUUUCGCUACCAUGUUCGGGUUCCUUCUCUUUGUCAAGUCAUUUCAUUGGUUGGCCAGUGAUCGCAUUGAAUGGAUGGAUCAGCGCCCGUAUCCAGGACCAUCCUUACUUUUCCACGUUCGGAUAUCAACUUUAUUCGUGAUAUUAUGGACGACGGAUUUGCUCAUGCUGUUGUUUGCGGUCGAAAACACGCUCGAAUAUGGUGUCGGAGGCAUGGUUCUCUUUGCAUGCGAGUACGGUAUAUUGAUGGCUAGCGUCGCGAACGCUAUCGCCAAGUACACUUUGUCGGCUUAUGAUUUCCGAAGAGCAAGCACACGUGGUGGUGACAAUGCUCCCCCUUGGGAACAGAAAAGCAUGUGGACUUUCUACAUUGAACUGAUUACUGACUUCAGCAAAUUGACGACCUACCUCUGCUUUUUUGCCAUCAUUGUCACCUUCUAUGGCUUGCCAUUGAACAUUGUUCGGGAUAUUUACUUUACGGCGCGCUCGUUCGUGACGCGGCUAAGAGCGCUUCAUCGAUACCAAACUGCGACCAGAAAUAUGGACCAGAGAUACCCAAAUGCUACUCAAGAAGAGCUAUCCUCGACCGACCAUACGUGUAUCAUUUGUCGCGAGGAAAUGGUGCUUCCUCAGACGCCAACGGGGCCUGCACCUGAGGGACCAAAUAUGACGCCCAAGAAGCUACCCUGCGGUCAUAUAUUUCAUUUCCAUUGUUUGCGUUCCUGGCUUGAGCGGCAGCAGAGCUGUCCUACUUGCCGUCGCACUGUUCUAGAGACCAAUCCUCCAGGUGUCCAAGGUGGAAGAGACCGCAGAGUUGCUGGUCUACAGGCACAAAGGAACGCUCCUGCACCGAAUCGUAACAACGCAGUAGCGAACAAUGGCGCUGGUAAUACGAUAGAUUUGCUACGCCGCCUCCUUAACAACCCAAAUGCACCAAAUCGGCCCCUAGACGUUGGUAACCAUGCAGUAAACGUGGUUAUUCAAUACGACAUCCACAACUACCCGCCACAAAACACUCUCAAUCCGGGUGAUCAGCCACCAUCGCAGCCACGGCCAUUGCAACCCCCUCCACAGUUCGUCGGCUUCUACGGUCCUGGCGGUGUAUGGCAGCCAUGGUCUGAGCAUGCUACGCCAGCACCCGCCCAAAAUGGCGCCUCUGAUGCAUCAACUUCCUCUGCUGGCCCUGGGCCGUCAACUGGUACUUCAGCUCCUCCUACAACUAAUGCCCCAGCUUCUUCUGCAGCUGAUGAGCCCCUGCUGUCUUCAGAGACCAGAAGCGCCAGUGAAGCUGCUGCACUCGCCGCGUUUCGGCGUUUGAAUCGCAAGGAUCCACCUCAUGAUAGGGCUUCCAGUACAACGUCUGAGUCUUCUCCUACUACUUCUUCAAUAUCAAGCACCACACCAGAGAGUAGUGACGGAGAAACAUCGCAAAUGAACGAACCUAUUUCUAUCUCGGACGCCACCUCGACAGCGCACGUAGUCGUCCCUUCAUUAAUACCUCUUGAUUACAUACAAUCAGAAUCUGGAUCAGUACGCAGGCCACCAUUAAACUCACAAGAUCGCAACCCUAGUCGGCCCUCCAGCGAGAUAUCAAUCUCACAAUUACCUCCCACGUUGACAGAAGACCAAUUGGCUGUUCUGGAUAGGGUCACCAGGGAGGCCAUUGAUGAGCGGAUACGUGUCCUUGAAGGAGUAUCGGGGGCACUUUAUCGGUGUAUCGACGAGCUUAUGCGAGUACGGAGUGCCCUUCCUCCACAACCAACCACAACUCCUACUCCCAGGGCUCCUAAUCCGACAGAUAAUGAUUCUCCAGGGAGGGAAGAAGAUUCCAAUGAGUGAAAAGGGAUUCAGUUUUAUAUGCCUGAAGUGUACACAUAGUUAUGCAAUGGAUUUUAUUCCUGGACACAGUAAACAUUAGCGGUCCAAGAACCAAGCUACUUUUGAGGU